AUGCCCCCCAAGAAGAAGGUGGAGGAGGAGGCCGUCGGCCCAUGGAUGCUGGGUCGAUGGUCCCGGGCGCUCAAAGUUGGUCUGGUAGGAAUGCCGAACGUCGGGAAGAGCACACUCUACAAUACCUUGAGCAAGUCUCAUCACUCGAAGACAGCCAACGUGCCGUUCUGCACGAUUGAUCCAACAGAGACCCGGGCCUUCUUGGAGGAUGACAGAUUUGAUUGGCUCGUCGCGCAGCACAAGCCCAAAAACGAAGUGAAGGCGUAUGUCACAGUGGUGGAUAUUGCCGGCCUGAUUUCCGGAGCCCACAAAGGUGAAGGUUUGGGAAACGCCUUCCUUUCACACAUUCAAUCUGUGGAUGGUAUUGUGCACGUCAUGCGUGCGUUCGAAGAUGACGAUGUCAUCCAUGCAGAGGAUACAGUAGAUCCUGUGCGCGACAUCAACACCAUCUGCAGUGAGCUGCGCUUGAAAGACAUCAGCUAUAUGAAGGGCAAGGUCGAAAUGCACAAGAAAGGCCACGCAGCAGCUAGAACCAAGUCGCCUGCGCACCUCAAGAAGUGGGAAGAAGAGCUGGAAACUAUGGAGAAAGUAAUUUCUUGGAUGGAGGAUGGGAAGGAUGUCAAGAACGGGAUGGACAAGUGGUCGACUAAAGAUAUUGAGUACAUCAACGACUACGGCCUGCUCACUGCAAAGCCCUGUAUGUACGCAAUCAACAUGAACAAGAAAGACUUCUGCCGAAAAAAGAACAAGUUCUUGAAGCCCAUCUAUGAUUGGGUGCAAGCCAACUCUCCCGGCAGUGCCAUGAUUCCCUAUUGCGGAGCUUAUGAGGAGGAGCUCCAGGACAUGGAGACGGAGGAAGAACGGCAGAAGCAGCUUACGGAGGAUGGCGUCACUAGUGCCAUGCCGAAAAUGAUCACGACCGCCUUCCAUAUGGUGCAUCUGAUCAACUUCUUCACAGCAGGGCCUGAUGAAGUGAAGGCUUGGACCGUCCGGAAAGGAUACAAGGCGCCCCAAGCGGCCGGAGUUAUUCACACCGAUUUUGAGAAAGGCUUCAUUAUGGCAGAGGUCAUGGCCUACACUGACCUCAAAGAGCUCGGCAAUGAAGCAGCUGUCAAGGCAGCCGGCAAGUACCGGCAGGAGGGCAAGGGCUACGAGGUUCAAGACGGAGACGUCAUUUUCUUCAAGUUCAACCUGGGCAAGGGGAAGUGA